GAGACCGCAGACAAGGUGUUAAAAUUCUUACUUUCUAGCUACACAGACUCUAAAAAAACAAUUCAUGAUUCUCUCUCUGUAGCUUAUCAUUACACUUACACGUCACCUACUCUGCUUCAUAUCGUGAGAUUGUUGUUGUUCUGUUUCAGAUUCAGAACGAAAUCGAAGAAUGUAUUUGCAAAUACAUGACUUUUGAAGAAACGGUGACAUAUAUCCGUGACAAUCACAAGAUUCCUCACCGUAUCACCAAAGAGAUUUGGGAGGGGCUUCAGGAACUGAGUCCGGAGUUUUUCGAACGCUACUACUUAGCACUCGAAGUAAGGCGUCAGAUAAAGGAGUGCAACAGUUUGCUUCGAACGCAAGGAAUUAAGAUGCUCAAGGAUGGACAGUUUGAUAUUGCUACUGCACCACCUGCAGUCAUGAAUUUACUUAAUCAAAUUCUCUCGGAGGAACUAGCUAAUACACCUUGUAAACCUCUCUUCUAA